UUGGAAGACGAAACAAAAUUAGAGCCAAUUCCGAGCGUGAUUUACACGCGCCCACAAAAGCCCGCCAGUUUGCCCCUUCCUCUCCCGCCAUUACAACACCAGAUUAUAUAAGACCACACUUCAGGUUCUUGAGCUUUUAUAAACCCCAACGACGAAACCCUAAUUUUUUUAUAAUCAAAUGGGUGAAAAUAACAAUUUUGAAGAACAGAACAAGCUCCCUGAGCUCAAGCUAGAUGCUAAGCAGGCUCAAGGGUUUCUCUCUUUCUUCAAAACCCUACCCCAUGACCCUAGGGCGGUUCGGGUCUUUGAUAGGCGGGACUAUUAUACAGUUCAUGCCGAAAAUGCAAACUUCAUUGCAAAGACAUACUACCACACUACGACUGCUUUGCGCCAGUUGGGGAGUGGAUCUAGUGGUCUUUCUAGUGCGAGCAUUAGUAAGAACAUGUUUGAAACAAUUGCUCGGGAUCUUCUUUUGGAGAGAACAGACCAUACUCUUGAGCUUUAUGAAGGGAGUGGAUCCAAUUGGAAACUAGUGAAAAGCGGGACUCCUGGAAAUCUUGGCAGUUUUGAAGAUGUAUUGUUUGCAAACAAUGACAUGCAGGAUUCUCCUGUGGUUGUUGCACUCUUGUUAAACUUCCGUGAAAAAGGGUGCACUGUUGGGUUGAGUUAUGUUGACUUAACAAAAAGAGUUCUUGGGCUGGCUGAAUUUCUAGAUGAUAGCCACUUUACAAAUGUGGAGUCAGCUUUAGUUGCCCUCAGUUGCAAGGAAUGCCUUUUGCCCAUGGAGAGUGGCAAGUCCAAUGACUGUAGAACUCUGCAUGAUGUUUUGACCAAAUGCGGUGUGAUGUUAACUGAGAGAAAGAAAAAUGAAUUCAAAACAAGAGAUUUGGUGCAGGAUCUCGGUAGGCUUGUCAAAGGCCCCCUUGAACCAGUCCGAGAUUUAGUUUCUGGUUUUGAAUUUGCACCUGGUGCUUUGGGAGCAGUAUUGUCCUAUGCAGAAUUACUUGCAGACGAGAGCAAUUAUGGCAAUUAUAGAAUUAGAAAGUACAAUCUUGACAGCUACAUGAGACUUGAUUCUGCUGCCAUGAGGGCACUGAAUGUCCUUGAAAGCAAAACUGAUGCAAACAAAAAUUUUAGUUUAUUUGGUCUCAUGAAUAGAACUUGUACAGCUGGAAUGGGAAAAAGAUUGCUUCAUAUGUGGCUAAAACAGCCUUUAUUGGAAGUAGAUGCAAUCAACUCCAGGCUAGAUUUGGUGCAGGCAUUUGUGGACGAUACUGGGCUUCGCCAAGAUCUAAGACAGCAUCUGAAAAGAAUCUCAGAUAUUGAACGACUGAUUCACAUUGUUGAGAAAGGAAGAGCUGGCUUGCACCAUAUUGUGAAACUUUAUCAGUCCAUCAUAAGACUGCCAUACAUUAAAGGUGCUCUGGAACGAUAUGAUGGCCAAUUUUCAUCCCUUAUCAAGAAAAAGUAUUUGGAGUCCCUUGAGGUGUGGACUGAUGAUAACCACUUGAAUAAGUUCAUUGCUCUUGUGGAAACUGCUGUUGACCUAGAUCAACUUGACAAUGGGGAAUACAUGAUUUCACCUAGUUAUGAAGCUGCCUUAGGUGCACUAAAAGCUGAGCAGGAGUCAUUGGAGCACCAGAUACACAAUUUGCAUAAACAAACUGCUUCCGAUCUUGACCUUCCUCUAGAUAAGGGAUUGAAGUUGGAUAAGGGAACGCAAUACGGUCAUGUUUUCCGAAUUACAAAGAAGGAAGAGCCAAAAAUACGAAAAAAGCUGACCACCCAGUUUAUUGUCCUUGAAACUCGUAAGGAUGGGGUAAAAUUCACAAACACGAAACUUAAAAAAUUAGGUGACCAGCACCAAAAGAUAGUUGAGAACUAUAAGAGUCAUCAAAAGGAGCUUGUCAAUCGAGUGGUUCAAAUUACAGCAACUUUCUCUGAGGUGUUUGAGAAAUUAUCUGGUUUGCUUUCUGAAAUGGAUGUCUUACUUAGUUUUGCUGAUUUGGCUUCUAGUUGUCCUACUCCAUACACAAGGCCUGACAUCACUCCAUCUGAUGUGGGAGAUAUUAUAUUAGAAGGGAGUAGACAUCCAUGUGUGGAAGCUCAGGAUUGGGUGAAUUUUAUUCCAAAUGAUUGUAAACUUGUCAGGGGAAAGAGUUGGUUCCAAAUAAUCACAGGGCCUAAUAUGGGUGGGAAAUCCACAUUUAUUCGGCAAAUAGGUGUGAAUAUUCUCAUGGCCCAAGUUGGUUCUUUCAUUCCCUGUGACAAGGCUACCAUUUCUGUACGUGAUUGCAUUUUUGCACGUGUGGGUGCUGGUGAUUGUCAAAUGCGUGGAGUUUCUACUUUUAUGCAAGAAAUGCUUGAAACUGCUUCAAUCCUUAAAGGAGCUACAGAUAGGUCAUUGAUAAUCAUUGACGAGUUAGGCCGCGGGACAUCAACUUAUGAUGGAUUUGGCUUGGCAUGGGCCAUAUGUGAACACCUGGUUCGAGAGUUAAAAGCACCUACUUUAUUUGCAACCCACUUUCACGAACUGACUGCAUUAGCUCAUCAAAAAGCUGACCAGGAGCCACAUGCGAAGCAAAUUGUUGGUGUUGCAAACUAUCAUGUCAGUGCACACAUCGACACAUCAAAUCACAAGUUGACCAUGCUGUACAAGGUUGAGCCAGGGGCUUGUGAUCAAAGUUUUGGUAUUCAUGUUGCAGAAUUUGCAAACUUUCCUGAAAGUGUUGUCGCCCUUGCCCGAGAAAAGGCAGCUGAAUUGGAAGAUUUCUCACCUACUGCAAUCAUUUCAGAUGAUGCUAGAGAAAAGGUCGGAUCCAAACGAAAGAGAGAGUGCAAUACAGAUGAUAUGUCAAAAGGUGCAGCUCGGGCUCACCGGUUUCUGAAGGACUUCUCUGAUUUGCCAUUAUACAAAAUGGACUUGAAGGAGGCUCUGCUACAGAUAGGCAAACUGAAAGAUGACUUGGAGAAAGAUGCAGUAAAUUGCCAUUGGCUCCAGCAAUUCUUCUAGUUGUCCUUGAAUGGAGCAAUAUUUGAAUUAGAUAUUGCAAAGUCUCAACGAGUACAAUAUUUGAACAUUAUGCUUGACGCAGGUGUUGGUUUUUGUGAUCAUUUCUUGC